AUGGCAGCAGCUUAUGCAGCUCUGGUUUCUCUCAUGCAGAUCAUACAUGAGCUCGAGAACCACCCUUCCCCUCCAAUUUCUAUCGACAAACAACAGCUUGUAUCUCUCACUGAACAUGUUGCCUUCUUGGAGGAUUUUGUAGAGCGCUACGACUCCCCUGUCGACGGUAAUGAGGCUGAUCCGUUGGAGAGGCGCAUUGCGCACGCAGCUUAUGCUGCUGAAGAUGUUAUCGAAUCAUGUAUUGUGGAUGCGAUUGGUGACCAUGAUGUUGAAACCGAAGAAGGAACAACAUCCAGCUCCGGUGAAGAAGAUGAAUCCGGAGAAGAAACAUCAUCCAGCUCAGGAGAAGAAGAUGGUUCCGGAGAAGGAGCAACAUCCAGUUCCGGUGAAGAAGAUGGUUCCGUAGAAGGAACAACAUCCAGCUCUGGUGAAGAAGAUGGUUCCGGAGAAGGAGCAACAUCCAGUUCCGGUGAAGAAGAUGGUUCCGGAGAAGGAACAACAUCCAGUUCUGGUGAGGAGGCCGAUCACGUUCAUAUUGUCAACUUGAAUGAAGAUCUACAACGAGUGAUAGAGGAGAUGAAUCUGAUCAAGAAAGAGGUCAGCGAGAUCAAUAUACAGAGGAGGGUGGUCCAUACCUAUGUAGCUUCUUCGAGAUCUUCUUCAACCAGCGAAAACAUGUCCAUGGUGGGCGUUGACGAGGCCUUAGAUCAAAUCAUGGAUCAUCUGACAUAUCGACCUGAUUUCCAAGUCAUCCCCAUCGUAGGCAUGGGUGGAAUAGGUAAGACCAGUCUUGCCAAAGAAGCUUAUUCGUUACCACUUAUUAAGGAACACUUUGAUAUCUGUGCUUGGACUACAAUUUCUCAACAAUAUGAUACUAGAAAUAUUCUCUGUGAACUUGUUUCUCAAGUCACUGGCUUGAAUAAGGAAAAUCUAAGUGAAAGCGGCGAGGGUCAACUAGGGUUAAAGCUAUUCCAAUAUUUGUUCGGUAGAAGAUUUCUAAUUGUCAUGGAUGAUAUGUGGAGUAUCGAAGCAUGGAAUAAGAUAAAAAAUUUCUUCCCUGAAAAUAAGAAUGGCAGUCGGAUAUUAGUCACAACUAGGCUAUCCAAUUUGAGUUCUGAACUGACCAAUAACUAUAUCCUUCAAAUGGAAUUUUUAGAUGAGAAAAGUAGUUGGGAGUUGUUCUGCAAAACUCUGUUUAGGGAUAAAAGUUGUCCACCUUUAUUGGAGGGAAUUGGAAAGAAAAUUGUGGGAGAUUGUAGAGGGCUUCCUUUAUCGAUCAUUGUGGUAGGUGGUCUUUUGAGAAAAAUAGAAGCCACUCAAGCAUGUUGGGAAUCUAUAUGGGAGAAUUUAACUUCAGAGGCGAAUUUGGAUAACGAUGAGCAUUGCUUGAAAUUAUUGAAAUUGAGUUAUAAUCAUUUGCCCGUCUAUUUAAAGCCAUGUUUUUUGUACUUGGGAGCCUUUGAUGAAGAUGAUGUAAUUGUUGUCUCAACACUCGUCAAGCUAUGGGUUUCAGAAGGAAUUCUGAAACCAAAAAAUGGCGAAAGUUUGGAAACGAUUGCACAUGGUUUCUUAAAUGAGUUGGUUGAUAGAAACCUCGUAUUGAUUGAUAAGUCGUGGUUUGGGAGCACUCGGAAUUUGAAGUGCUUCCAAGUUCACGACUUUUUCAGAGACCUCUGCGUGAGAGAAGGUCUGAAAGAAGGGUUUUAUCACGUCAUAGGCGAAGAUAGUCCUCAUCAGGGCAUCAGUAGUCAUCGACGCGUUGUUAUUCCCUACACUGCUUCAAAGGAGGAAAUCUUUGAUGCCUUGCAAUCUAUGCCACAUGUUCGUUCCGUUAUCUGUGGUGAUGACGACGACGACAUAGUCCAAGCGUGCCGGAAGUCUAGACUGUUGAGGAUGAUAAGCGUACGCAAUCAAGUAGAUGGAAGCGACGGAAAUCCCCUCGUGUUUCGAUUUGCUAACUUGCGUCACGUUACUGUCGAAGCUCAUGCGAAGUUAUCAAUCAAUCACCUCUGGAAUCUACAGACAUUGAUUGUUUAUUCUUACGAGAAGAUUCGCGUACCGGUUGGAAUUUGGAAAAUGCGUCAACUGAGGCAUGUCGAGUUCUUGGAGACUAAGUUGCAUCUCCGAGACCCUCCAAGUGACGACGACGCCGUCGUCGUCAUGGAGAAUCUACACACACUCAAGGGGGUGGAGAAUUUCAAAUUCAGUGAAAAUGUGGUUAAGAGAAUUCCCAAUAUCAAGAGAUUAUUGGUGGAAUAUGUGGGAAGCAAUGGAUCAAAUGAUGAUGAUUAUUAUUGUCUUGGCAAUAUUGGAUCUCUCUCAAAACUGGAAUCCCUCACCUGUGGGGAACCCCUGAGGGAAGGGGGAAGGAUCCAUCACCUGCACAACCUUACUCUUCCUCUCUCUAUCAAGAAGUUGACUCUUACAACGAGUUACGACGACAACAUGUUGGAAAUGAUAGGUUCGUUGCCUCUUCUUCAGAAGCUGAAAAUGCUGAGCGGAUGCUUCGGGACAGGCAAGUGGGAAGUAGUGGAAGGCCAGUUUCCGAGCCUUACGUCGUUGAGUUUGAUAUGGUGUCGAGGUCUCAAGGACUGGAUGGCGAAGGACAGUGCCUCCAUCUUUCCGCGCCUUGAGAAGCUUCGUCUCUCUCGACUGUCUAAGUUGGAGGAGAUUCCGGCUGAAAUUGGAGACAUUCCGACGCUGCAGACAGUUGAGUUGAACCAUUGCAGCAAAUCCGUCGUGGAGUAUGCGAAAAACAUAGUUGAUGAACAAGAGGAAACGCAAGGUGAAAUAACAUUACACGUUUCGGUGGUGGUCAGUAAGAAGUUUGAAGAACUAAAGGUGUUGGAGAGUCCCAACUUUGAAGUUGAAGUAGUUGAACUUGCUUAG